CCCAGAGACGGACGCACAGGAACCUUCGAUCGCGUCUUCUCUACUACACGGACAAUUUAGUGUGUUGGACCCAACCCGGAAGCUGGCUGUGACCUGUUCAGUGUUUUCAUCAGUAAAAUGGACUUUUAGCUGGAGAGGAGAGUCAUGUUCACCCUAAAGGCGUUGCAGAAAAACAAAACAGUUAAAUAUGGAGUCCCUAUGCUUUUGCUCGUAGUUGGAGGCUCCUUUGGCCUGCGAGAGUUUACACAACUUCGAUACGAUGCCCAGACGAUCAGAAAAAAGCUGGAUCCUUCACUGGAGGCCAAAGUGAACGUCCAGAAGCAGUCGGUCAUGCUGGAGGAGGAGUAUGAGAAGAUGAAGGAGGUGAAUCUGGAGGAGUGGAAGAACAUCCGCGGCCCUCGUCCCUGGGAGGACUCCAGGGAGUACCAGGAGCAGCAGCGCAGCAGGCAGAAGAAGGACUGAGGCUCAGGGACACCAGGCAGAGCGGACUGCACACACAGUCUGUGGCGAGGGCGCCGCUCAGGCCUCAGUGACCCGGCGCUGCAGCUUCAGGACACUCGACUUGAGUUGGACUUUAAAGUUGUUUUUAAAGAUGAAGGAGUUGAUCUUAUU